AUGGUUCUUCAGUAUGAUGAAAAUGUUCGCAACCUGCUGUAUCGGAGAUCAUGCCAAUACACGCAGGGCGAGCUUGUGGAUGCCGCGGUCCUCGAAGCUGAUCUUGUCGAGAAAGUGAAGAGCUUCGCGAAACGUUUUCCUAACAGUAGGACAGCUCAGGCUUGCAAGGCUGUGGAGGGAUGCACCCCCGACGCUAUCGCAGAAGCCAUCCGCUCGACAUGUCAGCAGGCACGACGUGAGCUUCUACAAGAAGCGAUGACUGGAUGGAGUGACGCAUCCAGAGAGUGGUUUAUGCAGCAGAUUGAAGAAGCCAAGAAGGAGAAGGUCGAGACAUACACCGCCUCAGCAGGCAACGAGGUGACUUCCUUCAUCUCCAUGACUCUCCUGGGCAUCUCCUCGGUGUAUGUCAACCAUGAAGAGAAGCUGAAGAAGAAAUUCGAUGAGAUCGGACUGAUUCAACGAUCCGAGAUAGCGAGUGCUGAUGAGAUCCCGGUGACUGUUUCCUUCCUCCGCAAUGCACAAGCGGAGAAGCUCUGGCAGGGAAGAGAGGACUUCGCGAUCGAUGGUCGCAAGUUCACAGCUGUACAUGUGAGCAUCGGGCACGAUCGAUCUUUCAAGAUUCGAGCCAAGAGCCUGAGGACCCUGGGGCAAAGGGGGCAGCUUGGCAGAGCUGACUCACCUGCUAUCCUUGGGCGGCAUGACAACAGCAGAAAUAGCUGA